AUGGCUGUCGCCAAGCUACUUCUCGUUUCCUUUGUUCUUGUCCUGAUCCAUGUAGCAGUGGCUGAGGUGGAUGUGGAACCACGGGAGAUUAAGGUCCAUGACCAGGACCACCGUCCUGGUUGGGAGAUUCCCCGAGAAGCAGAAAAGCCGGCGGCGAUUGAGAUCAGGGAGGCUGAAGCACCGGAGAUCAGACGGCUAGGAAAGCAUCAUGCAUCGGGUAUCUCUGUGGCCGGUGGUGGCGUCAUCAUCGGUGGACUUGUCACCGCUGUUUUCUUAGCUGUUUUUGCCUAUAUUCGAGUUACGAGAAAAAACGACGGCGUUCAAGUUCAACAACAUUGA